AUGGCGGCCGCAGCUUCAUCAACGAGCCUUAAAGCCUCGCCAUCGCCAACCAUUGCAUCAUGGAUGCGCCAACGCUCCCUCUCCACCACUUUCGGUGUAACAGCCAUCUCUUUCCGCCGCGUCGAGCCUCGCGGCCGCCAUUUCGUCGUCCUCUCCAUGGACGCCAAGCCGACAAUCCUAGUAGCAGAAAAACUAGGCGAAGCCGGAGUGAAGCUUCUCAAGGAUUUCGCUAAUGUGGAUUGCUCUUAUAAUCUCAGUCCUGAGGAGCUCUGCACCAAGAUCUCGCUAUGUGACGCGCUGAUUGUGAGAAGUGGGACUAAGGUCAGUCGUGAGGUGUUUGAGUCCUCCGGAGGUAGGCUUAAGGUUGUUGGAAGAGCUGGUGUUGGAAUCGAUAACGUGGAUCUGGCUGCUGCGACUGAGCAUGGUUGCCUUGUGGUGAAUGCUCCUACUGCUAACACAGUCGCAGCGGCUGAGCAUGGGAUUGCGCUACUCACUGCCAUGGCGAGGAACAUUGCUCAAGCUGAUGCCUCUGUCAAAGCUGGUAAAUGGGAGAGGAGCAAAUACGUUGGUGUUUCACUUGUUGGCAAGACACUUGCUGUGAUGGGUUUUGGCAAGGUUGGAACUGAAGUUGCUAGGCGUGCCAAAGGGCUUGGUAUGCAUGUUAUUGCACACGAUCCAUAUGCCCCAGCUGACCGCGCUCGUGCAAUAGGAGUCGAGCUUGUGAGCUUUGAUGAAGCUAUAUCAUCUGCAGACUUCAUCUCGCUUCACAUGCCACUUACUCCGUCUACAUCUAAAAUUCUCAAUGACGAAAAUUUUGCAAAGAUGAAAAAAGGAGUGAGAAUCAUCAAUGUUGCACGUGGGGGAGUGAUUGACGAGGAAGCUUUGGUGAAGGCCCUCGAGUCUGGCAUUGUAGCCCAGGCAGCACUUGAUGUUUUCACCGUGGAGCCACCACCAAAGGACAGCAAAUUGGUGCAGCAUGUGAAUGUAACUGCAACUCCUCAUCUUGGAGCUAGUACCAUGGAAGCUCAGGAAGGAGUGGCCAUUGAAAUAGCUGAAGCUGUUGUUGGAGCCUUGAAGGGGGAGCUUGCUGCUACUGCUGUCAAUGCACCAAUGGUUCCUUCGGAGGUUCUGACUGAGCUGAAACCAUUUGUGUCACUUGCUGAAAAACUUGGUAGACUUGCAGUCCAAUUAGUCGCAGGUGGGAGCGGUGUGAAAUCUGUGAAAGUUACAUAUGCUUCUGCUAGAGCUCCAGAUGACCUUGACACAAGGCUGCUUCGUGCCAUGAUUACCAAGGGUCUGAUUGAGCCUAUUUCCAGUGUUUUUGUGAACUUGGUGAAUGCUGAUUUCACUGCUAAGCAAAGAGGUCUUCGCAUAACUGAAGAACGGAUUGUCCUGGAUGGUUCCCCUGAAAGUCCACUUGAAUUCAUCCAAGUUCAAAUUGCCAACGUGGAAUCAAAAUUCGCCAGUGCCAUAUCUGAUUCUGGAGAGAUCAAAGUUGAGGGUCGGGUUAAAGAUGGAAUUCCACAUUUGACAAAGGUCGGAUCUUUUGAAGUGGACGUGAGUUUAGAAGGCAGUAUCAUCCUCUGCAGGCAGGUUGAUCAGCCAGGAAUGAUCGGAAAGGUGGGUAGCAUUUUGGGUGAGGAAAAUGUAAAUGUGAGCUUUAUGAGUGUUGGGAGGAUUGCUCCAAGGAAGCAAGCCGUAAUGGCAAUUGGAGUCGACGAGGAACCAAGCAAGCAGUCACUGAAGAGGAUUGGAGAAAUUUCAUCUGUUGAAGAGUUCGUUUACCUUAACUUGUAA